CUCUGCACGGCCAUGGAGAACCUGUGAUCGCUCCGGAGAACGGCCAGCUUUCUUUUUUUUUCCUUCCUCCUCCUCCUCCCUGGAAGAAAGCCUAACAUCCUCUCUGUUUUUAAGCUUUUUCUUUCUUUCUUUUAAACCAAACAACGCUUUUUAAAAUGAAUAUAAUCCCUUCAACCAAGCGCGCCGCCUUCAUGAGCUGCAUCAUUCUUCCCCAAAAUGGAGUCGGGGACGGGCCCAUGCGCUACGGGUCGGGGGACGCGUCCAUGGGAGUCUCUGGGAAGGAAACGCACGCAGGAAACGCGGGGUUAAACGCAAACGACCCGCAGAGACGUCCCAAGAACCUCGCCUUGACCGCGACGGCGACGAACGGCGGGUACGCGCAAAAGACGCACCUGGUGGAUCCAAGCUCGCUCCCGUGCACGCCGGAGCUGGACGGGGAGUCUGACGUCACAGAGUGUCCCGCAGCGCUGGACGCGGACACCCGCAGGCUGGUGGUGCGGUGCCUGCGGGAGCUCACGGGGCUGUGCGCGGCCCAGUGGAACCAGAGCAGGGAACUGGGAACCAUGAAGAGGGUGGUGGAGGACCUGCUGGAGAAACACAGAUACGCGUUCAAUGGCAUGAUCAACAAUUUGUCACUUGACGAAAGAAGCGACGAUGCCAGUUUUGUCAGAGCGAUAGCCAAGAGCCUCUUUGCAGACGGAACCACCAACUGGGGUCGCAUCGCCAGCCUGGUGGCCUUCGGGGCGGUGGUGUGUCAGUACCUGAAGGAGAAGGGCAGGGGGAACUGUGUGGAGCUGGUGGGGCAGGAGAUCUCCACGUACCUGCUGUCUGACCAGAGAGACUGGCUGGUUAAAAACAAUGGCUGGGAUGGAUUUGUUGAGUUCUUUCGAGUAGCAGACCCAGAGUCCACGGUGAGGAACACACUCAUGGCAGUUGCUGGAUUUGCUGGUAUUGGGGCAACACUCGCCCUGUUGAUCAGGUGAAUCUUUGGACACUCAGAGACUUAUUUUCACACGGGGGGACGCUCCUUCUCUUGACAACCUUUGCUCCACAUUGAAAUUGGACUUUGAUGGACGUUAACUGCUGAUAAGAGGUUCCUUUCAUCUUCUCUCUGGCUACCUUCCACCCCAAGCCACAAAUAAGCACAGCAUUUUUUGCUGUUGGCGGAAAAUGGACGGACUUUAUGCCACAACUGGCAAACAAUUAGGGUUUUAUUUAAAUGACAAAUAAAUUUAUUUUUCUAAUAAUUGUAAAAAUGUGUUAAUAUGCAAGUUUAAAAAGGUUGAGGGGCAAUCAGUUGACCUGAUAUUAUUAUUUUUUUUGCUUAAUUUUCAGCAUUAUGUUUACCAGUUUGUUCAUAAUUAUAUCAUAGUUACCUAGCCUUAAUGGUAUUUUGUAAGUAAGCCCCAGGUCAAAGCAGGAAGGGACAGCAGCAUUUUUCCAUGUAAUGCAGCGAUGAAGCCCAUUUCCAUAGAGCCUCAUUCAUAACCUCUGAGUCCUCUGUAAGGACACCUGUGUGCUCAGAGGGGUGGGGACGGUGGUGAUUUGCAUUUGGGUGUAGCCCUACUUCCUUGUUAUGAAAAUUUUGGAUCUGCACUUGGAAAUGAGACGCAACCACAUGCUGGACUUUUUGGCUGAACAGCAGCAGCCUGGAAAGUUUGAGUCUGUUGGAAGAAAUGAACGAGGACUGAAAGUGUGGGACGACCCAGCUUGUGCUGGCCCAGUGCACAGAAGCCGACCAUAGUUUUGGAGGUAUUGGUCAAGAGAAUGAAAGCAGACAAUGAUUCGUAGCACAGAUCUGGUUGUAAGCUCUAGGUUUAAACAAUAAAAUAACUAUUUACAUGGA